UAUAUUUACAUAUAUACAUAUAUAUAUAGAUAUAUAGAUAUAGCCAGUCUGCAUGAAAAUGGGUUUAGGGUUCAUGAAAUUGGCUCUCUGUGUUGCUUUUGCUUCAGUUCUGCUCUUUCAUGGCUUUUCUUCAUCUCAUCAAGCUGCAGCAGCUCCGGAGUAUAGUUUCAUGCACGACGCCACGUCAGCACCACCAAUCUCAUACUACGACUACAUCAUCGUCGGCGGAGGCACCGCCGGCUGCCCGCUAGCCGCCACCCUCUCCCAAAAGGCGUCCGUCCUCCUCCUCGAGCGCGGCGGAUCUCCGUACGGCAACCCCAACAUCACCGAUCUCGCCGCCUUCGGCAGAGCCCUCGCCGACGUCUCCGCCGCCUCCCCUUCCCAGCGCUUCGUCUCCGAGGACGGCGUGAUCAACGCACGCGCCCGCGUCCUCGGCGGCGGCAGCUGCCUCAACGCGGGAUUCUACUCACGCGCCGAGUCCCGCUACGCCGCCGCCGCGGGCUGGGACGCGCGGCUGGUGAACGAGUCGUACAGGUGGGUGGAGAAGGUGGUGGCGUUCGAGCCGCCGGUCGAGCGGUGGCAGACGGCGGUGAGGGACGGGCUGCUGGAGGCCGGCGUGGAACCGGACAAUGGGUUCACGUACGAUCACUUGCCCGGGACUAAAGUCGGCGGCACCAUCUUCGACGGCGAGGGGCGGCGGCACACGGCGGCGGAUCUUUUGAGGUUUGCGAACCCCAAGAGGCUUACUGUUAUGUUGCAUGCAUCUGUUCACAGAAUCUUGUUCAGAACAAAAGGGAAGAAGAGGCCAUUAGCACAUGGGGUGGUAUUUCGAGACGCAUCAGGUAAUAAGCACAAGGCAUACCUAAACAAAGGCGGACGUCACAAUGACGUCAUCGUAUCAAGUGGGGCCCUCGGUAGCCCACAGCUGUUGAUGCUGAGUGGUGUGGGCCCAUCUGACCACCUUAGGGCCCAUAAUAUCUCGGUGGUUCUUGACCAGCCUUUUGUGGGCCAGGGCAUGUCCGACAACCCGAUGAACGCCGUCUUUGUGCCGUCGCCGGCUCCGGUGGAGGUGUCGUUGAUUCAGGUCGUCGGAAUCACGAAGUUCGGUAGCUACGUCGAAGCCGCCAGCGGAGAACCUUUCACCAUGAGUCCGGCUAAUAGAGACUUCGGAAUGUUCUCUCCUAAGAUUGGGCAGCUAUCAACAGUCCCACCAAAGCAAAGAACACCAGAAGCACUCUCCCAAGCAAUCAACUCCAUGCAAACCCUAGACCCUGCCGUUUUCCGAGGCGGCUUCCUCCUCGAGAAAAUCCUCGGACCAAUCUCCACCGGACACCUGUCCCUCAAAUCCAAGAACCCCAACGACAACCCCUCCGUCACAUUCAACUACUUCAACGAGCCGCAAGACCUCGAAAGGUGCGUCGAGGGCCUCAAGGUAAUCGAGACCGUGAUUGAGUCGAGGGCGUUCUCGUCGUUCAGGUACAGCUACCUCUCGUUGCCGAUGCUGCUGAAUAUGACCGCGAGCGCCCCCGUGAAUCUCCUCCCGAAGCAUGCGAACGUCUCGACUUCGUUGGAGCAGUUCUGUAAGGACACCGUGAUGACGAUUUGGCACUACCACGGUGGAUGUCAAGUUGGGAAGGUGGUGGAUUCCGAUUAUAGGGUUUCGGGGGUCGAUUCGCUUAGGGUUAUCGAUGGUUCGACUUUUAUUUACUCGCCCGGGACUAAUCCACAGGCAACUGUUAUGAUGUUGGGAAGGUAUAUGGGAGUGAAGAUGCUGAAGGAGAGACUGAGGAGUGAAAAAAAUGGAAUGAUAUAAAUUAAUAAUUAUUUAAGUUAUUUCUCUACAUUUUAUAUAUUCAUGAUAGAAAUUAAGAUUAUUAUUAUUUUCGGAUUGUGUUAAAGUUUUAUUGAGUCUAUGGAGUUUUUUAAUUUUUUGAACUCUUUAUCUAUU